CCGGAAGAGGCGUCACUGCGCUUACCUGCUGUUGGAGAGCUGAAGUAUUGCUCGAACCGGGAGUUAAAAAGCAAUUUAACAGAAAAUAAUGGUGACAGACGUGCAGCUGGCCAUAUUUGCCAACAUGCUUGGCGUCUCCUUGUUCCUGCUAGUGGUGUUAUACCACUACGUUGCUGUGAAUAACCCCAAGAAGCAGGAGUAGAGUUGUACAGUAUGACUGCAGAGGUCAGUGAGAUGAGAUGGACAUCAAAACCACCACCUUGAUUACAUCAUUCCCCUCAUCCUCUCCUCUUUCUAAGAGGUGUAAUUUCUGUUUGCACAAGGACCUUUUUUUCUUUUUCUAAUAAACAUGUUUGAAUUUGGA